AUGGUUAUCAAGGAUUUGGAAUAUGACACGGUGAUGGAGAUGCUCAAUUUCAUUUAUUGCGGACGAUGUUUGAGGGAUGUUAAUGAAUUUGCGUUUGCCUCCGAUCUGUUAAUUGCAGCUGACAAAUAUCGCCUGGAAGAACUGAAAAGCCAUUGUGAAAAAGCUCUGAUUCAAGCGCUAACAUUUGAGAAUGUCUGUGAUCUGCUCAUUAUCUCGGAUAUCUACAGUGCGCCACGUCUGAGACAUCGAGCCGUCGAAUUUAUCAUUCAGCAUCCACGUAAUAUCACAUCAACGCCGGGCUGGGAGAAUGUUGUCAAGGAGCAUCACGAUCUCGUCACCGAUAUCGUUCGUCACUUUGACAAAUCCUCAUCAUCAACAAACGAUCGUAACAGUAAUCCGUAG